AUGUCUCUUUCGGGUAGUGAAGCUGAUGAUGGCCCCUCUGUACUUGUGGAGCAGUUGUACGAUGGGGUUCCCUAUGAUGUAAUUUCUUUUCCCGAUGCUUUUGCAAUUCCCCCGAAAAGUUGGAAGCUCGGCGCUUCAAUGAGAAAGUCUGCUCCCCUUAUUUCUUCAAAUGCGGCGCACCAUCCCGAUGUGGGGGAUUUAAAUACGUCUUCUCAUCCUUCUCCUGAUUUUGUUGGAUCGCGUGAUUCGCAGCGGCUGAUGGUGCGUCGUGGUGUGCAUGAAGAGCAGCGACUGCUAUUGCUUCACCGUGCCCGUCAGCGGCUUCUCCUGCAAGCCCUCUCCGGUCAAUACAGGGGUCCCAUCCCAAACCCUAUGCCCAACUCCAUCAACAAGAGCAAUGUCACUUAUUAUACCAAUACAAUAACUAGUAGUGAGGGACAGAGAACUCCCCGCAUGCCACCUUUCUUCGCCACUGGCCCAACCGCCGAACAGCGGCGGCGAGACGAGUGGCGGGACGCACCGCAUGCCGCGUGGGCCGCCGCCUGUCGCUCAAAAUUCGAAUGGGUCGUCGCCCACCGGCAGGAACGUCUCGCCGCACUACAGACACGUCGACAGGAACGUCUAGAGCUAGAGCACUACGCCGGGUCCUCACGAGACAAGCUACUUCUCUCUCGUACAAGGCACCGCACCGCAGCAAGGGCUGUAGUUGAUGAGGACGAGGAAGGGAAAGAAAAUGAGGAAGAAGAUGUACGUAUGGUUAGGGAGAUGCGAUAG